UGGAUGACAAACCCUGUUGUGACUGCGCGCUCUCCUCCGUCUCUCCCUCUCUCUGGAAGUAGUAGUUUGGCUGCAGCAGUGGAUCAGUCAGUCAGUGUCCCGGUUCGUCUGUCAGGCAGACGGACGGACGGACGGACGGAGGCGUCGCUGUGUUUGGUUCUGAUGGAGACGGCGGUACAUUCGGGCUUUUGCUUUUACCCGCGAAGGAAACGCGCGAACUGCCCGGACGAAUGAGGCGUCAGAGGGACGACCGCCGGCUCCCAGCGGCUCAGCAUCGCUGCUCUUCAUCCUCCUCUGACUUUCUAUGAAGACGUCUUCAGAGACAGAUGCCCUGCAUGGGAAGUUACGGGGGGAGCAGGGAUAAUUCCUCCCGUUUUCGAGCCGCGCUCUCCAGCCAAGGGUUUUUAUCUUCACUGGGCCUGCUCCUCUGGGACCUUCGCCAACUCUUCAAGAAGGAAUCAAACCGACUGAGAUGAAAACUUCUGAGAAAUGAGCUACCAAUGACUCUCCUUUUGACAUUGCUCCUCGGGAUGGAGGUCUCCUAGAUGGUUGGACCUCCGCUACAUCAUGAAAGGAUUGGGGACCAAUCGUAAUAGACACCUAUCUGACUCCUGUGACCCCUCUUCUGGGCAUUCGGAGGCCUUCUACACAGAAAAGACCAGCACACUGCCACGCAGUCCAUACCUUUUAAGUCCCACAAUGGAUCAUUAUGGCUCCAUGGAUCCUCACUAUUACCCCUCAACCAACCCUGGCUCCCUUCCAGCAGAUUGCAUGCUGCCCCUCAACAACCAGCUGUCCAACAGCAGCACAUUUCCGAGGAUUCACUACAACUCCUAUGACCAGUCUGAUUUCUCACCCCCUGGGGAUAGUAUUGGGAUAAGUACUGGGACUUUGGGGCCAUCCAUGUCCAUGGGCAUGGCUCCCGGUAUGGGCAUGGCAGGGCUAGGUGGAAGGAUGCCCAUGAUUACAAGUGGCUCAGCAACAAUAUCUCACCAUAUGACCAAGAAUCAGGUGCCACCCAACCUAUUGGAGUUUGAAAAGCAGCUGCCUGGGGGGCACGACGGAUUUAGCACCCUGCAGUUUCACCGAACAUCUGCUGCCGCUGCUGCCAAGCAAAGAACGGACAGUCCUGGUCGGAUUCGCUAUAUGCUCCAUUCAGUGCAGAAACUCUUUGCAAAGUCCCAGUCAAUGGAGACUCACAACAUGAAAGGAAAUGUCAAUGGUCGAUCUACUGGCAGCGGCGGGGGCUCAUCAGGCACUGAGGAUGGAGGGAGGCAUCAUCGCAGGUCAAAAAGUAAAGACCGUGGAACAAAACCAGAGGCAACAGCCAAACGCCGACCACGGUCCAACAUGUCAGGCUAUUGGAGCUCAGACGAUCUGGACAGCAGUGAUUUAAGCAGUUACCAUAACAGCAUGGGCAUAAUGACUCAGGGGCGUCCAACUGGCCAUGACAGCCAAGCUGGACAAACUAGAUACAUACACAGCGGCUACAACACUAUCAGUUCCUCCAAAAGCACCAAUGACAUGAAGUAUCCGGCACUUCCUGCACCUGGAGGACGAGCUGGAACAGCAGACAUGUUGAUGAAUGAUAGUGAUUACAUGAAGGGAGGAUCUUGGUCCACUCUGACUAUGGGCCAGCCAAGACAGGUGAUCCAGAAGGGCUCGGCCACACUGGAUAGGUCAAUGCUAAAGUCCAAGUCCUGCCAACAAGACCUUACUUGCAACUACCUGCAGGUUGGACGAAGGGGUGACUGGAGCAGCACGUUGGGCCGUAGCGGGGGUCCCAAUGAAAUCCCAUGCCGCCGGAUGCGCAGUGGAAGCUACGUGAAGGCGAUGGGAGAUAUGGAGGAUAGCGACGACUCUGAUGGAAGCCCCAAACCCUCGCCAAAGACUGCUGCUCGCCGCCAGAGCUACCUCAGAGCCACCCAGCAGUCUCUAAGUGACCAGAUGCCCCCUCGCAACAGAACCCUGGAUUACACCUUGUUGCAGGGGGAGCUGGACGCCCUGUGGUCUCCGCUCCACAGUGUGUCCUCCCUGCACCAGCUGGGCAGGUCAAUGAGCAGCUGUCUUCCAUCUCUCAGAGAGAUGUCCAGCAAUCGCAGCCUGGACAAUCUGGACUGCAUCGGAGGAGCGGGACCUCUGGUGCCGUGGGAGGAUGACGACUUCAGCCAGGCCUGCAGCACUUUGGGCAGACGGAGCUGCUUGGGUCAGCUGAGGGACCUGGAAAGGAGUCACCCCUACGAGGACCGCAGCUCAGAGUCUACCUUCAGAGAUUCCCGUUCCCAAUCUCAGGACAACUCAGAGCCUCCGGAUCUGCCCAUGCCGACAUGCUUCCGAUCCCGCAGCCACAGCUACCUGAGAGCCAUCCAGGCUGGAUGCUCUCAAGACGACGACACUGCAUCCAUAGAUUCCGGCUGCUCUCCACCGCCGAGCGACUCCACCGUUCGCACAUACAGCACCAGCACUGAUGACCUUUCUGCACAGUGGAAGACAUGGAAAGAGCAGUUUGCCUCUUACCUGAUAGCCACUGGCUUGGACAAAGCCCCAAAGGAGAAACAGCUCGCAAUUUUUCUUCAGCGUUUUGGAAAAGACAGACCACGCAUCCUACCCCCACACACAGUCUCCACCUGCAUAACGACCAGUAAAAAGGCUGCUCCUCCCCCUGUGCCGCCACGUACGACCUCCAAGCCCUUCAUCUCGGUGACCGUGCAGAGCAGCACCGAGUCGGCGCAGGACAACUACCUGGACCAGCAGGACCGCAGGUCAGAGGUCAACAGCCAGUCUAGCCACGCCCACAGCAACUCCUCCGACAGCCUUGAUAGCACCCGUGCCAACAGUCUGGCCCGGGGGAUCCCUCGGCCUCCGCACAUCAUCGCUACCCCAGUUGCAACAACCAGAGAGGCCGCCGCCUCCAGAACCGCCAACGCUUCCACUGAGACGAGCGACUCAGGAGUCCAGAACGAGUUCCUGAAGUCCGGCUCCAGCAAAGGGAGUCUCACUGCGGAGGAGGUCUUCAUACCCCCAGUUCCCAGACGCAAACUCUCCUCCAUCGGAAUCCAGGUUGACUGCAUUCAGGAAGUUCCCCGAGAGGAAACUCCGCCCCCGGCCAAGUUUCAGUCGAUUGGAGUACAGGUGGAGGACGGGUGGCAGCUCAGCCGCUCCAGCAGUAUGGCCUCCAAACAAGAAACGGACUCCGACACGCAGGAUUUCUCCAUCAGCUCCCUCAUCAACCACACCAAAUCCACCGAGAAGAAGGUCAUGGUCAGCAGUGCCAGCCAAUCCAUGAGCUCCCCCCCCAGAAUAGACUCUCUGGACAACGGCGAGCCCUCCGGGGACACCUCUCCCCCGCCGCCCCCCAGGCAGAUCCUCAACCGCUCCACCACGCGGAGCAGCUCCUCCUCCUUCUCCGAGAGCCUGGAUCCGGCGCUGGACCCCUCGUCUCUGCCACCGCCGGACCCCUGGCUGGACAGCGGGAACGACGGGCACAGCGGCCUUCCGCAGAGCGGAGGGGGGGGCACGCUGUGCAGGAGAGACGGCCACUGGUUCCUGAAGCUGCUGCAGGCGGAAACGGGGCGCAUGGAAGGGUGGUGCCAGCAGAUGGAGCAGGAAACCAAAGACAACCAGCUGUCAGAGGAGGUGCUGGGGAAAGUUCGCAGCGCAGUCGGAAGUGCUCAGCUCCUGAUAUCUCAGAAGUUCCAGCAGUUCCGGGGAUUGUGUGAACAGAACUUGAAUGUGAAUGCCAACCCACGGCCCACGGCGCAGGACCUGGCUGGUUUUUGGGACCUACUGCAGCUCUCCAUCGAAGACAUCAGCCUCAAGUUUGAUGAGCUCUACCAUCUCAAGUCCAAUGACUGGCAGCCCGCGCCAUCCGCUGCUGCCCGGUCGCCCCCCGAGCGGAAGGUACUUCCCACCCAUGCAGCCCAGUGCCCUGGCUGGGGAGGAGAAGACGGCACCCCUGGCAUUAAAAAAGCCUGGUAAGGGACGCCCGACGCUCGGCCGCGAGAAGAGCGCGGACUCUUCGUCUUCGUCUGUGGAAAAGCAGAAACAAGAAGCUCGCAAGCGCCUGCUGGCUGCCAAGAAGGCCGCCUCUUUCCGCCAGAACUCAGCCACGGAGAGCGCUGACAGCAUCGAAAUUUACGUCCCCGAGGCUCAGACUCGCCUUUGAGAGGAACGCUGAGGGACACACGGGAGUCUGGAGGAGGAGGACGACUUCAGUUCUGGAGCUGCAUGGAGUCCAACUGAGGAGAAACGUCCACCAUUCAAAGGCUGGUCCUGGUUGAACUAGAGAACCACACAUUUGAAAGACUGAAGACCUCAGCUGAUGAACGUUUUCUCUUCUUACUAUUCUUGAUAUAAAUUUAAUCAAUAAUAGGUCAAAUAAUCUAUAUGAAGACUGUUUUAAAAGUUGGCUAUAAGAUUUAUUAAGUGGUCAGAAGCAAUGCUUCUGCCUCUCACUGUCUUGCUCUCUUCCCAGAUCACUGGCCAUCUCUUAGCUUUGCACAGCACCACCUUGUGGCCAUCACACACACUGCACACAAUCUACUGUUUGUCUUCCUUAAACUUUUAUUUGAUUUUUAUGUUUUCAUAGUUUGUCAAAAAGGCUUUUAAUUCAAACUAUUAUAGAUCAUGCUGGCAAAAUAAAUUGAAGUUUAAGAUUU